AUUACGUCAUCCCUGCCCAGCGCGAGAGAGAGACGUCCAAAAAAUUACUGUCCCACCACCAACCUACGCCCUUGCAGUCAUGCCACUGACAGACGUGCAACAGUUUGGAUAAUAUUGUCAAACCUCUUAAAAAGAGAGGCCAAUUCACAAAUCGUCAAUUUAGCCGACGGCGAUUAAUGCGGAUGCGAUAAACGCCGACACUUCCGCGGUUCGGAGGAUCUGUUUGCUGGCGUAUGUAUGGGAGUGAACCGGGGAAAGCAAGGAGAAGAAGAGGAGGUUUGAUUCGUCUAGAGGUACUCAGUGGGAGGAGCCAUGACUGAGGGGGAGGGGCAGUUCUACAGCGUGCAGGUGGGUGACUCCACUUUCACCGUGCUCCAAAGGUACCAACAGCUCCGUGCCAUCGGUUCUGGUGCCCAGGGUAUUGUCUGCUCUGCUCUGGACACAGUCCUUGGCUCCCCAGUUGCUGUGAAGAAAUUGAGCCGACCAUUUCAGAACCAAACACAUGCAAAGCGGGCCUACAGAGAGCUGGUUCUGCUCAAGUGUGUUAAUCACAAAAAUAUUAUUCAUUUGCUUAAUGUCUUCACACCUCAGAAGUCACUGGAAGAGUUCCAGGAUUUGUACUUGGUGAUGGAGCUGAUGGAUGCAAGUCUUUGUCAGGUGAUCCACAUGGAUCUGGACCAUGAGAGGAUGUCCUACCUGCUCUACCAGAUCUUGUGUGGCAUCAGACAUCUGCACUCAGCCGGCAUCAUUCACAGGGACCUAAAGCCCAGUAAUAUAGUAGUGAAGUCUGACUGCACUUUAAAGAUCUUAGACUUUGGGUUGGCCAGAGCCGCCUGCACUAACUUCAUGAUGACACCCUACGUAGUGACCAGAUACUAUAGAGCACCAGAAGUCAUCCUGGGCAUGAAAUACAAGGAGAAUGUGGAUAUCUGGUCGGUGGGCUGCAUCAUGGGUGAGAUGGUGAAAGGGAGUGUCAUAUUCCAGGGCACUGAUCAUAUUGACCAGUGGAAUAAGGUGAUCGAGAUACUGGGCACCCCCCUUCCAGAGUUUAUGAACCGUUUGAUGGAGACUGUUAGAAACUAUGUGAUGAACAAACCCCAGUUUCCUGGAGUCAGUUUCGAUGAGCUUUUCCCCGACUGGGCAUUCCCUUCAGAGACUGAGCACGACAAGAUCAAAACUAGUCAAGCACGCGAUCUGCUGUCAAAAAUGCUGGUGAUAGACCCCGAGAGCCGUAUUUCUGUGCAGGAAGCCCUCAGUCACCCCUACAUCCAUGUGUGGUACGACCCAGCCGAGGCUGAUGCGCCGCCUCCACAGAUAUCAGACAAGCAGUUGGAGGAGAGGGAACACAGCAUUGAGCAAUGGAAAGAACUGAUUUAUGAAGAAGUAAUGGACUGGGAGGAGAGGAACAAAAAUGGAGUACUGAAAGAGGAGUGUUUAGAUGGCACAGUGAACAGCAGCACCACUGCCUCCCAGUCGUCCUCCAUUAACGACAUCUCGUCCAUGUCAACGGAGCAAACACUGGCCUCUGACACCGACAGCUCCUACAUCGACACCCUCACGGGGGCGUUAGAGGAGUGACAGUGAGGCCUGGCUUCCACCUCCCCUGCUCUUCACACUUGCAUCACAUCCCUCCCCCUCAUCGGUGUGGGCCAUGCUUUGGUCUUGAAGAGAACUGUGGGUGCAUUUUCAUGUGGCUUCAAGUUUACACUUUAUUCUUCACUCUCGCUUUCCUUCUUUCUUUUUAGCCUCAUAUAUAAAAACGCAGAUGUUUAAUACUAGCUUUUAGAAGGGCCUGUUAUGGCUAAAGCUUGAAUUAUACACCACAAACAACAGUUUUGCCCUUUGAAAGGACCAUAUUUAUCUCUUUUACUUUUUAAAGGGAAAGUUCACCUAAAAAUUUAAAUUUUGUUAUAAUUUACUCACCCUAAUGUUGUCACAAACUUGUAAGACUUGCUUUCUUCCUUGGAACACAAAAGAAGAUAUUAGUUACAUUUUGGUCUGUUCCUUACACAAAUGUAUUAUAUGGCUUCAGAAACUUGGAAAAUAGUAUGAAAAAAAAGUCACUCCCAGUCCCCAUUCAUUGUAAUUGUGUGGA